AAAGCGAAGGAAAAAAAAUGAAAGGAAAAAAGAAGCAAAAGAAGAAGCGCUUGGAAUCAUCCUAUAUUCUACCGUGUAGAGUUAUAAGCACGGGGAAAAGACAUAUUCGGUUAAUACCCUGACUAACACCGAUGCAACAUAGCUAACUGUGAAGUUCGAUAGCGCAGAAUGGUAGCGCGCGAUCUCGUGAGCACAAUGGAGGAUGCAAGGUAUGCUAGGUACAGACAAUAAAGCGUAGCAAAAGAGAAUGAGAGAGAGAGAGAGAGAGAGAGAUAAGGGUAGAUAGGGUAGAUAGAGUAGACAAGAGAAAAGAGAGAGAGAGAGAGAGAGAGGAAAAGCAUAUAUACCUGGCUACGGUUACCAAGCUGUGUGUUUCUGAGCGCGCAUUGCUGUGUGCAUCGUUGCUGUGUGCGACCGAGUAGAUAUAUAUAUGUGUGUAUGUGUGCAUGUAAGUGUGUGUGCACGUUGACUCGGAGGGCGACAGGCGCCAUGAUAUCGAUCCUACGCAAUAUCGUGCUCGGUCCCAUGUUCCAUGGACGAACCGACGCUCGACGUGUCUCGUGUUCCACUUGCUGUGCUAUCCGGCAGACGCGAUUUAUCGUUGUUACGUGCGAUAUCGAUAAACUUGUAAUAACCAUCGUUAAAGGAUAAUGUGGGGUAGAGCUAGCAUGGCAGCUGUGAUUCUUUUCCUCGCCUUCUUGUGCAUCUUCGUUCCUUGUCACGGAAGUAAUACGGAACUUACUCCAUCGGAUACGGAAACACCUUCUACGGAUGCAGAAGCAGAGAUAAUCUUGGAACGCGCUACUUCUUGGCUAUGGAGUCAGCGAGACAAAGAUGCUGGAUGGGGUAACGAUACUCACAGGGUGAUUUUGGUCCUUCGUUUGGGUAAUCUAUCGCGUAACGAUAACGUGGCACCACCUGCCCCAUUAGAAUUGCAACUUAGUUCAAAGGAAAUGGAAUUGGAGAUAGUUCUCUUGCUUUGGAGACAUAGGGAAGUUGGAUUUUCUCCGGUUCGUCUGGCUCGUUAUACUUUGGCCUUGAAUGCUAUGUGCAUGGAUCCAAGACAAUUCCAUGGACACGAUUUGAUCGGAACUUUGCAACAUCACGAGCCUCCGACCGAUUACGAAUUCGCACUUACAACUUUAGCUGCGUGUAGUGCUCAAGCUCACGUACGUAAACGACAAAUACGUCGUUUGUUGGACAUUGCCAAUGCUGCACAGGAUCAUAACGUUGAUACCGUGGCAAUGGUGAUAUUAGCACUGAGGUGUAUCGUUCAAGAUCAUAGACAUAGAAAUUUGCAUCACUUCGUUCGAAAACCUUCGAUCGGUUUGGCUCAACAGCAAAGAUUAGACGGUAGCUUCGGUGACCUUCACACGACAGCAUUGGUUAUGCAAGCUUUAGAAGAAGUCGAGAACGAACCUGGGGACAAUUGGAACAGAUCAGCGGCCUUAACAUGGUUGAUGAGUCAACAACGUCCGGAUGGUUCAUUCGGUGGAGACAUUCGUGCUACAGCCGAGGCUCUUCUUGGCGUUUCACCACGUGGUCUUGCUAGUAUUCGUGCUCUCGAUUGUGGACAGGGUCUGACGGAUAGUUCACCACCUAGACUUACCACGAGCAACAUUGCAGAUGUGGCGACCUUGGAGAAUCACAGUGAGACGUUAGCAGCAACGACAACCGGAAGUAACACCAGUAAUACGGAUACUAUUAUAACUGGUACUUCGAUACCAAUCAUGGUGAACGUUUCAUAUACACUUUGGGUCGGAAGUAACGUCAACGAAACGUACAAUCUAACGGUAUCCGCACCGAAAAACGAAACCUUCUAUGGCGUGAUGCUUUUAGCCGCUGAGAUGUCACCACAUUUUCAAUUUGCUGCAUCGGAAUGGCCAAAUGGACACUAUGUUCAUACGUUGGCUGGUUAUAAAGAAGAACCUAUGUCUUAUCAUUAUUGGUUGCUCUAUCGACUGCCAACACCACCGGAUCCUUCCUCGCCACCUGGAAAUCAAUUGGUUGCACCUGGAGGUGUCGAUGAUCUACAAGUCAGCGAGGGAGAACAUUAUCUCUUUUGGUACAAGAAGCUAUGAACUGUGCGCGAGAGACUGAGAAUCGAGUAAGAAGAAAGAGAGGAGAUCAGAGGGGAAAUCAAGAGAAAUAGAGAAUGUAUGAGUGUGGAAAAUAUAUAGUAUGAAUGUGUUCAUGUAUCUGUUUGUGUGUAUGUAUGUAUCUGAGAGAGAAAGAGAGAGAGAGAAAGAGAGAGAGAAAGAGAGAGAGAGAGAGAGAAACUGAUAUUUCAAAUUACUAGAGCGAGAGCCGAUAGUAUUCACUGCCAUUGCUAAACCGUAAAGCGUAUUCACCCUAAGCACGUAUUCGUGCGCAGCCGCUCGUAGUUUCAAGGACAACCCGAAGAAGACGGUAAGAAAGGAUUGGCAGUGAUUUCUGAAACUCCGUUCUAGUGACUGGAUGAUCGGGUCUGGUAGAAUCCAAUGAUUAAACGUUCCAGCAUCACAUCGGAUCGUAUACAUAUAUCAAGGAGAAACUACGCGACUCGUUAUUUAAGCUACGAAGAAUACCGUUUUCUAUGAAACUGCAAUGCACAACCAUAUUGUAUUAUGAUAUAUCGUAUUAAUUAAUAUUUAAUAAAUCCGAUACCCAUAUGUGUAAAAAAAAAGAAUCAAAUUAUAUAUAUAUAUACACAUAUAAAUGUAUAUGUAUAUAUAUAUAUAAAUAUAUAUAUAUAUAUAUAUUCAUUAGCAAAGAAAAAAAAGAUGGCCUGUUUCCUGUUCUCGCAAAAGUAUCAUUAAUUUAGUAACACUCGUAUUACGAAGAGGAAAUAAUAAAAAUACAUAAAUAAACUCUUCGAUUGCUUAUUGCUGAUAUGGGUUAUUAAAUUAAUGAAAAGCAAAGUUAAUCGUUUCAUUCGCAUACGCUGUACCAUUUGAUUUGUUGUUUGAAAUCAAUAAAGAAUAGAUUCACAUACGAGAGAGAGAAAGACAGAGAGAGAGAGAGAGAGAGAGAGAGAGAGAGAGAGAGAGAGAGAGAGAGAGAGAGAGAGAGAGAGAGAGAGAGAGAGAGAGAGAGAGAGAGAGAGAGAGAGAGAGAGAGAGAGAGAGAGAGAGAGAGAGA